CCUGCCUCCCCCCCUGUCUCUCUCUCUCUCUCUCUCUCUCUCUGUCCUCCUCUUCGCUUCGUCGUUCUUGAAUUCUGAAAAUCGCUCCGUAUUUCUUAUUCAUUGCAAGAAAUCAGAACAAUAAAUCGUCUUGCUAAUCGUGUUCUUGAUUUUUUACGUGUUUGAAUUCAACAAAUAGUGAAAGGAAACGGAAAAACUGAAAGGUCUCUAGGGUUUUGCGUUUUGGAAUUUGGAUGAUUCCAGGACUCCGUCACCAAAUCGGGCGGCUGUGAUUAUUUUCGUCCAGGAGAUUUUUCUUUUUGGUACGAAAUGCCUCGCGCAUCAAAGAGAAAGACGGCCCCACCGAACUCAUCAUCCGUCCAAUCCGACGGUGGUCGUCCUGCAGCAGGUAAAGCUAAAACGAGGGGCAAGGACAAAAUAGAUAAACUCUUUGAUUCAUAUGCCAAUAGUUCAUUAGGCGUGAUUGACCCUGAAGGAAUUGAGAAGCUCUGUUCAGAUCUUGGAGUUGACCAUACUAAUAUUAGGAUACUGAUGUUUGCAUGGAAAGUAGGAGCUGCAAAGCAGGGCUAUUUUACCCUGGAUGAAUGGAGAACAGGUCUCAAAGCUUUACGGACUGAUACUAUUCCCAAAUUGAAGAAAGCACUUCCAGAGCUGGAGAAAGAGGUGAACACACCAGCAAAAUUUAUGGAUUUCUAUUCCUUUUCAUUUCGAUACUGCCUAACUGAAGAGAAGCAAAAGAGCGUAGACAUUGAAACCAUCUGCGAAUUGCUGAAUCUUGUACUAGGGUCCCAAUACCGUCAACAGGUUGACUCAUUGAUUGAGUAUUUAAAGAUCCAAAAUGACUACAAGGGGAUAAACUUGGAUCAGUGGACGAAUUUUUUUCGGUUUUUCAAUGAGAUCCAUUUUCCCAAUCUCCAAAACUAUGAUGCAGCGGAAGCUUGGCCCUUGAUCCUCGACAAUUUUGUUGAGUGGAUGAAAGAAAAGGAAGGCUAGUUCAGCAUCUUUUGAAUGUGCUGAUUCUGAUUAUCAGAGGUGGCCCUAGCUCUCCCCGCCUUAUUUCAGACAUUAUUAGAAGUGGGUGAUUCCAAAUGUCUUUAGUUGGGCUAUCUAUCUGCUUUCAGGAGAUUACAGCAAAAUGUGACCGUGAAACUCAUUACAUCCAUUAUACCAAAUACAUUUUCAGAGGCUUUUCUCAUGUCAGGAAGUUCAUGUCUCACUGAAUACAAUUCUUUUUCUUUUUUUUUUUUUUUUUCUUUACCGUCGUUGCAAUGUCCAUUUUUCUUCCCCGUGUGAAUGUUAUUAGAUUAAGUGGUAUCUCAAUGCGGAAUAGGGGUUAUUGGAGCACGACGAACAAUGCUUAUCCUUCUGGGCAAGCACUCGUCUGCACUUCUCUUGCAGUUCUUCAAUUCGGUGGGGAGAUCAUAAACUCAGCCCGAAUGUGGAGUGGUUUUCAGGUUUGAAUCGAUUAUUAUAUCAGGAGAAUCGAUAUUCUGUGGCUGAUAGGGAUUUGAAAAAUAAUGCAGUGAAAAUUCAAUGGAUCA